CGGCCGGCCGCGGUCGCUACGGCGUUACGGGCUACGAGAUAGAGCUACGUCGUAGCGAGAAGUAUUAUAAUUGUUUCAAAUAGUUUGUGAAAAGUGAUGUUACAUUUUGGAAGUUGAAAGUCAAUCAUUGCGGGCGGAAUGGCGAUCGGCGGGAGUCUGCCCUUCAUCUUACUCCUGUUUGCUGUUCGGAGUAUGAGUCAACUGAUCUUUCUGAUGGAGCCACCACCACGUCUGUCCUUCUCUAACAGUACGGGUGCGAGGGUCUCUUGCGCAGCUCAUGGAAACCCUCCACCUACAAUCACCUGGCUCACUGAAGAUGGAAUACCAGUAUCUGAUAUUGCAGGACUAAGGCAAGCAUUGUCAAACGGUACACUAUGGCUAGGAGCGUUUUCGCCAGCGCAAUACCGAAGCGACGUCCAUGCAGGAGUUUAUCGGUGUCGAGCAUCUGGUACUACGGGGACUGUGCUCUCUCGCGAUAUGAGAGUAGAGGCAGUGAUGGACGUACCGUGGGAAGUACAAGUGCAGGCGAGUCCUGGAGUGGCUGGUGGCGCUGCACUUUUGACUUGCAUUACACCGCGACCUGUCAGGAACUACGUCAGCGUCACUCGAUGGUACAAGGACGGUUCUGUUCUAGCGCCUAUGGCUUCUGAUUCAGGUCACCACAUCAUCGGUGGCAGUCGUGGUGACAUGUUGCUGAUACGUAAUGCAAGACCUGAAGAUAGCAGUUCUUACUCUUGUGAGGCGCAGCAUCAGCUCACGGGAGAGAAGAGGCGAAGUCCACCAGCUAUGAUUGCUGUUUCACAUGGAUCUGGUAGUAUGGCUCCACGAAUACUAACAAUAUCAGAAGACGAGACGGUGCCGCAGGGCGGCGAUAUCAGAUUAGUGUGCUGCGCUAUUGGCAGUCCAACACCCACUUAUAGUUGGUUCCGUCAUAGCAACGGCAGAUUGAGUCCAGUAUCCAACAACAUAAGAAUAUCUGUGUCAGAACAAGUCCUUAUCAUCAGACGCGCACAGGUGUCUGAUGGUGGAGUAUGGUCUUGUCGUGCGCAUAACCAAUAUGGGGAACAGCGACGAGAUACAACUCUAAGGAUACGAGCACGUCUUGUGGUUACUGUACAUCCACAGUUACAGAUAGCAAAUUCGGGCAGUUCAGUGACAUUCAACUGCUCGGUAGAAGGAGGGGACAGUCGAGUGCGAUGGCUACACGAUGGUGUUCCAGUGGGGGGAGGAGAAAGGGUUUUACGUGUGCAUGGCGUUGUGCGUGCCCAUCGUGGGAUGUACCAAUGCUUUGCGGAGAGAGAAAUGGAUAGUGCGCAAGCGGCGGCUGAGUUACGGCUUGGAGACACGGCUCCGGAACUGCACUACACAUUCAUAGAACAGGCAUUACACCCUGGACCUGCAGUAGCCCUACAUUGUUCUGCUUCUGGAUCGCCUUCACCUCGCUUCUCCUGGUUGUUGGAUAUGCAGCCUGUUGAGGAACAUAAUACGCCGCAAAGGAGUAUUACCCAAUUUCUGAGUCCUAAUGGAGACGUGGUGAGCUACCUUAACCUGACGUCAGUACGGCCGGAAGAUGGCGGACGGUACACAUGUCGGGCUCACAACUCGCGCGGCGCCGUCGAACACUCCACACGCCUCAAUGUCUACGGUCCGCCAUCAAUCCGCAACAUAAGCCCAGUGCGCGUAGUGGCCGGAGUAAACACGACCAUCUAUUGUCCCUAUUCCGGAUUCCCAAUCAGUGAGAUCCGAUGGCAGCGCGGUGGGACAGAUAUAUCGGCUAGUGGUGGGCGCGCAUUGUCUGGCGUUGGUGGGGAACUACUUCUAUGGCCUGCUGAACCUUCUGAUGCGGGACUUUAUUCGUGCAGAGUCUCAUCACCCGAAGGACACUAUGCUCAGAAGGACGUUCAGAUAUUUGUUAGAAAUCCACCAAAAAUAGCUGGUUUUACGUUUCCUUCGGACCUAGUAGAAGGCAGUUCUAUACAAGUAUUAUGCGGCAUCACUUCUGGAGACAAACCGGUCUACUUCUCCUGGCUCAAAGAUGGACAGACACUACCGUCCAACCUUCAGGUUCAAGAGAAAUCUCUAGAUGAAUUCAGUUUUCUGAUUUUCUCCCACGUGACGUCACAGCAUAGCGGGGAAUAUACUUGCGUCGCAAGCAACUCUGCGUCUGAGGUUAAUCACACCGCGAGAUUAGCUGUUAAAGUUGCACCGUCAUGGGUGUUUGAGCCGCAAGACGUGUCUGCGCUGCUUGGUACUCCAAUACUAGUGCAUUGUUCUACAAAAGGAUAUCCGGAGCCGAAAAUAUCGUGGCAUAAAGGGCAUGGUUCGAAUCCCACUGAUUUUCGUCCGCUAACGGGCCUUGAAGCGGCAUUAUCAUUGCUUGGUAAUGGAUCAUUAAGCGCGCUCUCCGCGUCGCAUACGCACGAAGGUCGCUACAUGUGCCGCUCUGACAAUGGUGUUGGUAGAGGACUGUCUAAGAUCAUCACUAUCUCUGUCAAUGAGCCAGCACAAUUUGAGUACUCGUCCCGCAAUAUGUCAGUUCGACGAACGGCGUCUGUAACUCUAUCUUGCGCUGCUCGAGGUGACUCGCCCAUCCAACUUCAUUGGACUCACAAUAUGAGACCUUUGGACCUUAAUACUUACAGGGUCUCAGUAUCAGAGAAACGAUCAGAAAGCGGAGCGAGUUCUGAGCUGACAAUAGCGCACGCACAGCGACGGGACUCGGGCGUUUAUAGGUGUCGCGCUGAAAACGCGUACGGCAGAGAUGAGCUUCUCAUAUAUCUGGCAGUGCAAGAGUUUCCGGAAGCCCCACGUGGCUUAUCAGUGAAACAGCGCGAGGGUCGCGCAGCAACCGUGCAGUGGCGGCGCGGUUUUGACGGCAACGCGCGUCUCCGUGCAUUUCGUUUACAGUAUCGAGUAGUUGGUCACACGCAGCUGCCGCCUGAUUGGAGCCUUGCUCCUACACGAGAAUUGCCCGCUGAUAUCCUUGUUCAGAAGCAGGAAUCGUCAGAUCCUGAGUCAGGAGUUCUCCUGGAAUAUCGUGUUGAAGGACUAAGGCCUGCCACUGCUUAUGCUUUAAGACUAGCAGCUGUUAACGAUAUCGGCGACAGCGACUAUUCAGAUUCAGUCAUUGUGAAUACUCUAGAAGAAGCUCCGUCAGAACCUCCCAGAGGUGUAGAGCUUCUACCGGAUGCUCCCGGCGAGUUACUUAUUAAGUGGCAGGCUCCGAGCCAAGAGGCAUGGAAUGGCGAGCUCUUAGGGUAUGCAAUAUGGUGUCGGGGUGAAAACGCAUCUCUAUCUCUUUCUGUCGCUGGAUGGGCAGCUGCAAGUGUAAGACUCGGGGCACUAAGACCGCACGCGAGAUAUGACGUCACAGUUAGAGCGUAUAACUCUGUUGGUGCUGGACCUGCGUCUACGCCCCUAACCACUACAACCUUAGAGGAUGUACCUGAUGCUCCCCCUCAACAUGUACGCUGUGAGCCACUUUCAUCUCAAUCACUCCGUGUCUGGUGGGAAUCACCUCCACUGGACAAACGGGGAGGAAUGCUAAUAGGAUAUGAGAUAUCUUAUAGGUCGGUAGAACAUACAUCAGGCGUGUGGGAACGCCGGCGUGCUGGAAGUGGUGAGGCGCAGUUGUCCGGACUGCGAGCGGGAAACUACUCGGUGCGAAUUGCUGCUCGGUCCACUGCUGGAUUAGGAGUCCCAGCACAUAUAUACUGCGCUACGCUCGAUGAUAUUCCAGGGCCUCCUGCAGAUGUAAAGGUGUUUCCUCAUACAGAAGACUCGGUUAUAUUGAGCUGGUUACCUCCAAUGCAGAAGAACGGACAAAUACUUCACUAUCGUGUUUAUACUCGCCCGCAAAGGAUAGGUCGUCAGAGUGAAGUGGUGACAAUAUCCAGCAGUCAGCAGGAUCAAGAGCAGCAAUUGGUUGUUUCGGGACUGCAGCAGCAACUUUAUGAAUUGUGGGUGUCAGCCGCUACAGCCGCGGGGGAGGGUGAUAUGAGCACCAUUGUUGCUGCUAAGCCAAGCGCUAAAGGUGGGGCUAAAGUGAGUUCAUUCCCUCGUCGUUUGACAGUUCCUGUAGGCAGUUCAAUUGCGAUUUCAUGUAUUGCUGCUGGAGCUCUUCCUGUGUCACGACUUUGGACUCGCAGACGACCACCACCUCCUCAUGCUGAUCAUCGAAUAAGAAUGGAGGGGCAUGUGCUUGUUAUUAACAAAGUCGAGCCUAGUCUAGCAGACAACUACACCUGCACAGUUCGCAAUCGUUGGGGUGAAGAUCACGGUAUUUGGGAGUUGAUGGCAUUACCUCCACCAUCACCACCACGUCUUACCCUUACAAGCGCAUCACCUACCGCUCUACUUCUUGCAUGGGACUCUUCUGGAGCUCAUAGUUAUAGCUUAGAAUAUGCACGAGGUGAAGCUCCAUGGCAGUACCGUUGGGUUUGGGGCGCAGCGCGAAGUACGGCACUACGUGGACUGGCGUGUGGUGCCUCCUACCGAGUGAGGCUGCGAGCUAUGGGAGAUGCUGGAGCAGCACUGAGUGACGUUCUACGUACUGCAACACCUGGUGGAUUAUCAAAAGCAGCACUUGAGAAGCAGCUGAUCAACACAAACAGUACCUGUGUUAAGUUAAACCUGCUAACCUGGGACUGUAACGGCUGUCCACUGAUCCAUUUCAUCAUAUCCAUCCGAGGGUUUGAGGAGUUUUCCUGGAAGUCAGAGAGCGUAGAAUUGGAAGCUAAUCCAGUGACUUUCUGUACUCUUCGACCAGCUACCUGGUAUCAUUUAAGGAUCGUUGCAACUACUACAGCUGGAGUAACUACAGCAACAUAUUACUUCGCUACACUUACUGAGGGUGGAGAACGCAUCCCAGCACCAGCGCAAUUUCCAUCUGGUGGGGAAGACAUUGUGAGCAAUGGCGGUGGAGUGGCUUUGUUGGCGGCUGCAGCUGCCUUUGUUACAGCUCUCAUGCUACUCGCCGUCGUCGCGUAUAAGAGAAGUAGCCGAGUAAAAUGCUUCACCAAGGGCUACGAGCCGAGCAGUGUAUCUGAAGAUGAGAAGUCAGUAGAGAAAAGAGACAACCGGCGAAACUGUCAACAAGUCUACACGUCAUCACCUAUAAAAACUAGCAAGAAGGAUCAGCAAGAAAUGUAUGAAAUAAGUCCCUAUGCAACAUUUAGUAUGUCAAGCGGCGCCGUUUGCAGUGAAAGCGUAGAUACAGCAGGGUCAGUGAAGUCAGUGGGUCCAGUUGGAACAGUGGGGUCAGUGGGGACUGGUGCUAGUGGGACGCUUAGAACGUUUGGCCGAGCUGAGCCCGCGCCCUUAAGUGCUGCACCUCCUCAUCGCUCGCAUAUGCAUCGAGAUCCUGUUGAUUCUGACGAGUAUACGCUAUCCCGAGCAAUGACGCUGAUGGUGCGUCGAGGUGAAUCUGACUCGGAUUCAUCCGGUUCACCCGAACCAUGCGCCGAGUGCACGUCCAGCGCUGCCUACCGGAUACAUUGUGCGGUACCUAACAAAGAGGAAGUAUUUCGUGGUGUGACGGAUUCCAGCGCUGAAUCAUGCACUUCAGGCUCAAGGGACAAGGCUCGAAGGAGACCACGCCGACACACACCUACUUCUGCCAGAUACCCUCAACGACAAGAGCAAGAAAGAAGGGAUUUUACAAUACACGUUUAAUUACGACAAUAAAGACUGCUACAAGCAAUUAGAGUGAAAUUAAAAUUGUUAGUAGAUAUAUGGACGAUUUAAUGUUAAUUUAUAAAGAUAUUUAAUAUAAUUUUUAUAAUUGACUCGAAUUAUUCGCGGCCUAUUUGGAAAUUAUGAAGAUGAAAGUGUCAUCGAUAAAAUAAAUCAAAAUUGUAAAUUUUCUAAAUAUUUUUUUGAUACAUUGAUGUUUGUAAUUUAGGAAAUCUAUGAGAUAGUUGUAUUAUAAAUAAAAUUUAAAACUGCACAAAUGUUUGUUGUAAUAGCCCGGAGAUGGCGUUUGGUA